UACACACAUACAAAGAUGGAUAAACUGGCGUUAUGUGAAGCAAACAACGUUCCUCUAACUCCCAUAACGUUCUUGAAGAGAGCUUCCGAGUGUUAUGCUAAUCGAACUUCCAUAAUCUAUGGAAAAACUCGAUUCACUUGGCAUCAGACCUACGACCGUUGCUGUCCUCUCGCUGCUUCUCUCCUUUCUCUUAACAUCACCCGUAACGACGUCGUCUCGAUUAUUGCCCCAAACGUACCUGCACUGUACGAGAUGCAUUUUAGCGUUCCCAUGACCGGAGCCGUACUUAACCCUAUUAACACCCGUCUUGACGCUAAAACCAUAGCCAUCAUUCUCCGCCACGCCCAACCAAAGAUCUUAUUUGUGGACCACGAGUUUGCCUCUUUGACCCGGGAAGUCCUUCGUCUCUUACCCUUUCACGAUUCACAACCUCAUCCCCUGGUAAUAUUAAUUAACGAGUUUGAUUCCACUACAAAUCCUUCCUCCAAGAAGUUAGACUACGAAGGUAUCAUCCAAAAAGGAAAACCUACGCCCUUCCUGUUAGCAAGUACGUUCCUUGUCCGCAACGAGAAUGACCCUAUCUCUUUGAACUACACGUCGGGUACCACUGCCGACCCAAAAGGUGUGGUGAUCAGCCAUCGAGGGGCCUACUUGAGUGCUUUAGGCUCGAUUAUUGGCUGGCAAAUGGGGAUUUUCCCAAUCUACCUAUGGACACUACCUAUGUUUCAUUGCAAUGGAUGGACACACACAUGGUCCGUUGCUGCACGUGGCGGUACUAAUGUAUGCAUGAGACAUUUGAAUGCUCAAGAGAUCUAUAAGAAUAUUGAAUUACAUGGUGUGACGCACAUGUCAUGUGUUCCUACGGUCUUCAGAUUUCUCCUUGAAGGAGGUCGAACAGACCAGUCACACAAGUCCCAGCCGGUUCAGGUGCUGACCGGAGGUUCUUCGCCCCCGGCUAUCAUUUUGAAGAAAAUUGAACAGCUGGGGUUUAAAGUGAUGCAUGGCUAUGGACUUACGGAGGCCACCGGCCCGGUUCUCUUUUGUGAGUGGCAAGACGAGUGGAACAGACUACCAGAGAAUCAACAGAUGCAGUUGAAAGCAAGGCAAGGGGUAAGGAGCAUAGCCCUAGGUGACGCUGAUGUGAAGAACACAGAAACUCUAGAGAGUGUACCACGCGACGGGAAGACAAUGGGAGAAAUUGUCAUUAAAGGAAGCAACUUAAUGAUAGGGUAUCUAAAGAAUCCUAAAGCAACAUCUGAAGCAUUUAAAGACGGAUGGCUCAACACAGGAGACAUUGGUGUGAUUCAUCCUGAUGGACACGUAGAGAUCAAAGAUCGAUCCAAAGACAUCAUUAUCUCAGGAGGUGAAAACAUCAGCAGUAUUGAGGUCGAAAAAGUUCUUUACAUGCAUCCAAAAGUGCUCGAGGCCGCUGUGGUGGCCAUGCCUCAUCCUCUGUGGGGUGAAACCCCGUGUGCCUUUGUUGUUCUAAAGAAGAGUGAAGAAGAAUUGGUGACCAAUGAAGGAGGUCUCAUUAAGUAUUGCCGCGAUAAUAUGCCGCAUUUUAUGUGUCCAAGAAAGGUAGUGUUCUUUCAAGAUUUGCCAAAGAACAGCAACGGUAAGAUCCUCAAGUCUAAGUUGAGAGACAACGCUAACGCCUUGGUAGUCAAGGAGGACGAUCCCGGUUCCAAGAAAGUUCAUCGAGAGAAUGUUAAACACGUUCGUUCGAAGCUUUAAGACUUAUAUUGCUAUGUAUCCGCUUGGUGUGUGUUUUAAUUAAUUUUUGUCUUUGUUUGCAUGGAUUGUUAAAUCUAUGCUAACUACGCUAAAGUAUUUAUAAAUUAUAUAGGUCAACAAAUAAUGCAUCUUUUAUUUAAUGAAAAAUCAGAUUUUUUUUU